AUGGUUUCUCUACCCCCUCCACCGCCGCCGCAAUGGGUGGUGAGAAUGAACACCCCCAUGCCACGCCCAUCCAAAGAGGCUACCAGUAUCCCUGAUCCUCCAGGCUUCUCCAGGAAAUUGACUGGCAAGACCAACCGCGCCCAGCAGUCCUCAGCCACCUCCGCCCCGUCCAAACCCGUCGAAACCGAUACCCUGAAGCUCAAGAAAGCAUGGGAAAUUGCCCUCGCUCCCUCGAAGCAGAUCCCCAUGAACGCGAUCAUGAUGUACAUGUCCGGAAACAGUCUACAGAUCUUCAGUAUUAUGAUGGUGUUUAUGCUGUUCAAGGGCCCCAUCCAGGGCCUGAUCAAUACCAACACGGUGUUCGCCAAGUUCGAUACAGAGGGCACGCGCGCGAAGCUUCUGGGUGUGAAGGCGAUAUAUGUCGUGAUGCAGCUGGUGCUGUUGUGCUUGGGUAUUUGGAAGGUUAAUGCGAUGGGACUUUUGCCGACUACGAGAUCGGAUUGGCUGGCUUGGGAGUCGGAACGGCAACCGUUGGAGCGUGCUUACUUUGCUUUUGGUUGA